AUGGAGGAAUUACAAAGAUAUUUAGAAAUAGAUAGAUCUCGGCAACAAGACUUUCUAUAUCCACUUCUCUUUCAGGAGUAUAUUUAUGUAUUUGCUCACGAUCAUGGUUUAAAUAGAUCCGUUUUUUAUGAACCCGCGGAAAAUUUAGGUUAUGACAAUAAAUCCAGUUCACUAAUUGUGAAACGGGUCAUUACUCGAAUGUAUCAACGGAAUCAUUUGAUUUUUUUGGCUAAUGAUUCUAAUCAAACUCAAUGUGUUGGAUACAACAAGAAUUUUUAUUCUCAAAUGAUAUUAGAGGGGUUUGCAGUCAUUGUGGAAAUUCCAUUCUCGCUGCGAUUAGUUUCUUCCCUCAAAGGGAAAGAAAUAACAAAAUCUCAUAAUUUACGAUCAAUUCAUUCAAUAUUUUCUUUUUUAGAGGACAAAUUAUCACGUUUAAAUUAUGUGUUAGAUCUACUAAUACCUUACCCCAUUCAUUCAGAAAUCUUGGUUCAAACUCUUCGUUGCUGGGUAAAGGAUACCCCUUCUUUGCAUUUAUUGCGAUUUUUUCUCCACGAGUAUCGUAAUUGGAAUAGUCUUAUUACUCCAAAGAAAUCUAGUUCCCUUUUGAAAAAAGGGAAUCAAAGAUUCUUCUUGUUCCUAUAUAAUUCUCAUGUAUGUGAAUGCGAAUCUAUAUUCGUGUUUCUUCGUAAACAAUCUUUUCAUUUACGAUCAACAUCUUCUGGAGCCCUUCUUGAGCGAACCCAUUUCUAUGGAAAAAUAGAACAUUUUGGAGUAGUGUUUCGUAAUGAUUUUCAAACCAUCCUAUGGUUGGUCAAGGAUCCUUUCAUGCAUUAUGUUAGAUAUCAAGGAAAAUCCAUACUGGCUUCAAAAGGGACUCCUCUUUUGAUGAAUAAAUGGAAAUAUCACCUUGUAAAUUUCUGGCAAUGUCAUUUUUACUUGUGGUCUCAACCCGGCAGGAUCCAUAUAAACCAAUUAUCCAAUCAUUCCCUCGAUUUUCUGGGUUAUCUUUCAAGUGUACGACUAAAUCCUUCACUGGUAAGGAGUCAAAUGCUAGAAAAUUCAUAUCUAAUAGAUAUUGCUAGUAAGAAGUUCGAAACCAUCGUCCCAAUUAUUCCUCUGAUUGGAUCAUUGGCUAAAGCAAAAUUUUGUAACGUAUCGGGGCAUCCCAUUAGUAAGCCGGUCCGGGCCGAUUCAUCAGAUUCUGAUAUUAUCGAUCGAUUUGGGCGGAUAUGCAAAAAUCUUUCUCAUUAUCACAGCGGAUCCUCAAAAAAAAAGAGUUUGUAUCGAAUAAAGUAUAUACUUCGACUUUCGUGUGCUAGAACUUUGGCUCGUAAACACAAAAGUACUGUACGGGCUUUUUUGAAAAGAUUAGGUUCGGAAUUGUUGAAAGAAUUCUUUACGGAGGAAGAACAAGUUCUUUCUUUGAUCCUCCCAAGGACUUCUUUUCCUUUGCGGAAGUUCUAUAGAGAGCGGAUUUGGUAUUUGGAUAUUCUUCGUAUCAAUGAUCUGACCAAUCCUGAAUGA